UUCUUUCCCGUUAAAAUUCCACGAUACAUUAUCAUCAACUGUUGAUUAUUAAUGAAUAAUGAUCAACGAUUAAUUACUAAUCCGUCCAUAAUUGUCAAAAAUGCUGAGCUUGUGAAUAUGUGUACAUUUUUUGUUGUUGAAAAAUGACUUUGGUAACGGGUACAUUGAAUGUUCCGUGAGGUUGACGGGGCUAUCAUGAGCAUGCUUGAGCCCACUUCACGUUCGCCUCCCCCGACGGACAAAAUGGACGGCCCCCCAUUCUAAAAUGUUUUUACAUGUUAUUAAUGACCAAAUGAACCACCUGAUUGGUAUUAUCAAAUUAUGAACAAUUGUAUUACUGGGAGUUGUUGAUGUGAUUGAGGGACACGAGGAAAUCGGGGAUAUUUGUAUGUUGGAUAAUUAUUCUAUAACCUAUUUCCCCCCCUGGUGUCGCUAGAAACCAAGCCGCCUUAGUUUCUUAACAGUAAAAUUAUUUGUUUAAAUAUUUUUCGGCCAAUUUAAUUCCUGGAAAUGUUGGAGUAAUCGUUUGCUGUUGUUGACUGCAAUUAUUCAGACUGGAUGACGAAUUUGAACGAGUUUUCCGAAGUUUUGUGGAAGAAGAUAUUAAAAAUAGUGCCUGGAGUUUGGGACCACAGACAGAAACUUCGUCGGGUUAUCGAGGAACAGUGUUGCACCCCCGAGAGGUCCCCAGGCUCCCCUGGUAGUUAUGUGAUUGAUGAUUGUCAUGGCAGCAGACAGUGAUGGUGAUCUGAUCGAGACGGUGGUAACGUGCGAGGGUGACCUGGGUGAUCCAGAUUUUCCCCAGAAAUUCGCACAAAUAGUAGAUCGCCUAAACCACCUAAUCUCCCCCGAUAAAGGAGAUGGCCUCCGCGUGAACAAAGUGGAGCCCUGGAAUUCAGUUCGUGUGACCUUCUCAAUCCCUCGAGAGGCAGCCCUACGCCUGCGAGAGUUGGCAACCGAGGGUUCUCCCACCCUAACUCAAUUAGGAAUUCUCUCAGUUCAAGUAGAAGGUGAUCAAGUGAUAUCCUUACGUAUCGCUGGACGUUUUGGAGGUGAGUCACAGGAGAUUGUUCUCCAUUCGACUCCCAGCGAUGAUAACUUAUCGACAAAAGCCCGCACAGAUGGAAAUACAAGUUCACCAUCGAGUGAAGCAGAGAGAUCUUUGCCAGGACCAAGUACAUCCUGCAAAUCUCCUCAAUUUCGGUCUCCAAACGUCGUUGCGCCGACAGACUGUGAUCCCAUCCCGUCGUUCCUCAGUAAAACAAUUCAGGCAGCCUCUAGCACAGCUGGACUCACUCAAGCAAUCAAUCAAGCUAAUUCAACCACUUCAAAUCCAUCAAAUCCCAAUGCAUCACCUCGUAACAACUACAAUGGACCAUUCCCAUUUGCCAGUAUGACUCACGCUGCCCAAGCUGCCCAAGGUAUCCAUCGAGACGCCCAAGCAAUUUCUCAGCCACCAGCCUUCAAGCACAACCAACCACCACCGCCUUAUCCAACCCAUCAGCCUCAAGAACCUCAAGCCCUAGUGCCAAAUCAAUUUAAUCCACCGAUAAGUAAAGCUCUUGGCCUGGCAACAACAAUCAGUGGUAAUCAAGUGGCAUUGUCAUCACCACUACUGGUUAAUUUACUUCAGAACGAUGGAAGUGCACAUCCUGGUGGUAGCCAGGGUCAAAAGGUGCCGGCUGUUGAUACUGGGGCUGGCACAAGUAGAACGAAACCAGCUAAAAAACCGAAUGGGCGAAGGAAAGAGUCAGCAACUGGUGGUGGAGUUGUCGGAGGUGAGUCAGAGGUGCCAACGAGUUUGGAUUCCAUAAGAACUGAGGAUCUCAUUGGAGCAGUGCCAUCAACUCCAUCAGUGCCCUCUGCCUUUGCUUCUGUACCUCAGAGCAGUUCCAGCAAUUGUCCACAAACUAAUCAGACACAUUCGCAAGUACAAAUACAGCAGAAAUUCCCAAUUAGACAGGAGUUGACGUAUAGAGGGAAUCAAUUGAUCAGCACGAGGCAUCCGGUAAAUGGUCAGGGAAUUAGAACACCUCUUCAACAACGUCAGAUGCUUCUUCAACAGCAGGGACAACAGAUAAUCGUUCAAGGACAAUUAUCUCAGCCUCAGAUGCAACAGCAAAUAAUUCCGGCGAAUGUGAAUGUUGCUCAGCAACGAUUGGGCUUCAUGAAUAAUGGACCCAGACAGCAGACACCUCCACCCUAUCCCAGAUCUAAUCAAACGUCUGCAGCGUCAGCAGCCUCAGCAUCACCUACAGCACAGCAGACUCCAGUCACACCACAGAGUCAAGGACAAACAUUGAAUAUUCAGCAACAGCUCCAUCAUAAUCAAUUAAAAAACGCGAAUGUCAACACAAGUGCUAGCAAUGAUUUUCGUUAUGGACAGAGUCAAAAUAUACUAAGUAGAAAUUAUCAAACCACAGCUGGGACCACAUUAAUGUAUGGUACAUCAAAAAAUUCAGGAAAUAUACAACAGAAUCAACAGUUAAUCCAAUCAAGAGUUAAUGCUGCACAAGGCACAUUAACGAAUCAGAUCAAUACAGGUGCCUUUAAUCAAGAGUCAAGGAAUCAGAGAAAAAAUAAUUUAACAACAACAGCAACAACUGUUGCAACGUCAAAUUCAUCAAUUAGUACAUCAAUAAAUGCCUCAACAAAUUCACCAAUAAAUAACAAAACGAUAAAUGCUAUUAGAGAAGAAUCAUCAUCUUCAUCAUCAUCGUCGUCUGAUAACAAAGAGAGAAAUGAUGACGAUGUGAGGCCAGAGCCUGAGUAUACAUCGUCAGGUAAAAUACGACAAUUUCUGAUAAAUCCAUUGACUGGACAUUUGGAGCCAAUGCCAAGUGAAAGUUCAGAGUCUGAGCCAGAGAGUGCUGUUGACAAUCAGGAUGAUUUUUUUUCAUUUCCCUCGCCGUCCAAUGAUCGUUCAAAUUCAAUAUUUUCGGAUGAUGAUGCUGAUAGUAAUAUAUCUAGACGAAAUGAUACAACAACAAAUACUGAUCAGUCGGAUUCAGAAACAACGGGUAAAUCAACGGGCAGCGAGGGUAGUUUAAAACACAAAUUGAAAUCUAGGGACAGUCCGAUGCAGGGAGAGAAGAUCAAGUUGAGAUUGAAAUUGGAGAAAUCAGAGCCAGUAACACCGGCUUACAAAGUUGAUGUCUCAUUUGUUAAUACACCACCAAUGAGAAAGGCUGAUAAGACGAUAAGUAAAAUGUUUGGUGGCACACCUUCUGGGGUUGGUAGUGGAAGUGUGGAUGAACCCAGGGUACCACCACUGCAUAUUUCGUUGAGGGGAAGAAAUGCUUCUGUUGUGCAAAUCAGGAAGAAGGAGAAGAAGAUGAUGAUAAGGGAGGAAGAUGUCUCUGGGAGUAAUGCUGUCAAAAGGAGAGGAAAGCUUAAAAAGAUGAAGGAUACAACUGAUGGAAAUAAAUUACUGCAGAAAAAAUCCAUGGGCAUUAUGAUGACAACGACCAUGGUCGCCACUACCACUGCGACUGUUUCAACAGUAGCUGGGGUGGGGGGCAAUCGACAAGUAGUCACUGUAGUUAAUAAUGCUGUUGCAGCAGCAAGUGCUAAUAUCGCUGCUAAUGCUGUGGGGAAGGUCAACAAUUCAAUGCCAGGAAAAAGCAAGCAGGAGAGUCUUGUUGAGGGACAGAGGGGUGUGGUUAAUAAGGCUGGAUCCAGCAAGGCUGGGGAUGUUGAUGAUAUUCCAUUGAACAGCAGGAUACCCUCACCUGUUAAGGGAAAGGGCGUCACAGCUGUUGGAGGAAUUAAUAGUCAAGGGGGAAAGAUGCAUCUUGAGACUGAGCUUCCUAAUCAUACGAAUGAGCAUAAGAUUGGUGGAGGAAAAACGAAAAGAAGAGAUUCAAAAAAGAAGUCGGACACUGGCGAGGGUCUCCACCGUGAACAAAAUUUGCUCUCAGGGGGUAGAAUUCUCGACAAUCAGGCAAAAUGGAGAAAAUUGGGUUACAAGGGUUCCGGAGUCACUGAUCAUCCCAUGAAGAAGACCCCAAAAGAUUCCUGUGAUACUUCUAACCCUGAUACAACUAAAAAAAUCGGUGAAAUUCGUCGAACAAGCGACAGUGAUUUACGGCUCACCGACAAAACCAGUGCAAUAUCUCGAGUGACUGAACUUAAUGGUAUGAAAAAGGAUCUCUUAAAUCAGGAGAAACGACGUCGGUUGAGUCUGAUUGACGAGAAAGAUUUCCAUCUGUCAGAUCCCCAAAUUUGUCAGACAACAACAGUCCAACACAUGCCGAGAGUAUCAAAACUCUUUGAUAAGGAUUCAGCUCUAAAAAAUCCUUCAAAAUCGUUGAGUCACCUGUCUACAGGUCCAGAGAAGCUUCAGAACGAGGACCAACUUGACCCUUCGUCUGUUCUCCCCAAAAAACUCAUCCCCAUGAAGAGUAAAAUCGAACCAGACGACUCUAAAUCUCUUCAAAAGCUCAAAAAUUAUUCGAUAAUAAAGUCAGAGUCUCAGUCUUCACCUCUAACUCCAAGAAAAUCAUCUCCCAAUCAUAUGACAAGCACCACUACCCCCACAACUUCAUCAUCGACCUCAGUAUCAUCGGUGAUCCCAACAAAAACAGUUGAAAUAAAAUCCGAACCAAAAGAAAAGGAUCCGAAUUUUGAGAAAGCUCCGGAGGCAUCUACUGAUCUCUCCAGAAUUAAAUUACAUCCAAAACACCAAGAUAAAACUCUUGAAAAACUCGACACCCAUGUUAUUCCACUGCUGGAUCCCUCGAAUGAACGAGUAAAUCCCCAAAAUUCCGGUAAUAACGGAAAUACCGGAGAGGAUUCGGGUAUUGAAUCGAUGGAUGCCCUUUCCGAGAAAUCCCCAAAUCAAGGCGAGUCACCCCUUCAUCGACCAGUUACUGAAUCUCAAACAGUGAAAAAUGUCCAGCUAAAUCGAGUGGAAUUAACAACCAUACAAACAACAAUAAACAAGAACGUGCCUUCCUCAACAAAUGAUAUGUGUUCAACCGUGAAUUCGAAACUGUUAAAACCUGACGAUGAAGAUGACGAUGAAGACGAUGGCGUUGACAAUGACGAUGAUCCACAUCCUCAUCCUCAUCCUGAUAAACAAUUAAGUCCAGUGUCAAGUUAUCACGAUAUUUGUCAUAAUGACGAAGACAUUAAAUGUGAUAAUCGUGAUAAAUCAGUGUCAGUGUCAGAAUCAAGGAUUGAUUGUGAUACUGAAAGCGGCACCAUUGUUGGUGAUGACAAUUCAUUGAUAAAUACUGGUAAAAGUGGUACUUGUGAUAAUAAAUUUCUCAAUCAAGUGAAUGAACCUGAGACGAGUGAAAAAAUUGAUAAAGAUAAAGUGAUUCAUCAAGUUUGUAAAAUUGAUAAAUCUCCAAAAGUUGAUCUGAAGACCUCGGAGGCAUAUGAAAGUGUCAAACAAGAAGAUCCGUUGAAAGUGAUAACUGAAGAAUUAUCUUCCGAUAUAUCUCCAGACGUUAAAAGGCUUCCAGCCGUGGAAAGUAUCUCUCAGCCCCUUCAGACUACUGACCAAAGUCAUCAGAGUUGUAAAAACAAUAACGUAGUAAUCUCCACAAUGUCUCCAAAAGAGUCAUCGAAAGACUUCUGUAACGACCAAAUCGAUCACGCCAAGUCCACUCCCCAAUUUCCCGAUGUCAAACCUAAAUUAGAACCCAAAAUGGAAGUAACACCCGAUGACACGAGGCAGGAUAAUCUCCUGGUUACAUCAGAACUCUCCGCAAAUGCAUCGGAUUUAUCAUUGAUGAAAGUUGACAGUGAUAAAAAACGUAUGAUUAAACGUGAAUCUCCCCUAGUGGUGAAGGGUGAGGAUUAUGUCAGUAGAAAGAGUGAAAUCGACACUAGUGUAGCAUCACCGCUCACUGACGAUCCUCAACCGAUAAGAAUCACUCCACCACUUUACACUUAUUCCAACCCUGUUGUAUUGCAAAGGGAUGACACACCAAGUCCAGCAGGUCAGGGUGUUGAAAGUGUUGACAGUGAGGCUGACAAUAUUAAGAGAAAGAGAAGAAGGAAACAAGAGCUGGAGGGGAGGCAGGAUGUUAUUUGCAUUGAAGAGGGAGACGAUUUUGUGGAGAGAUUGACACCAAUUAAUCCGAUAAGCUCCGAGGAUUAUGUCAAGAGACCUGGGAGAUCGUUGUUGGAGCAAUUGUUGAUUGAAAUACCUAAUGACAAUAGUGAGAAGAGAUCUUUGAGAACGAGAUCCCAGAAAAUGAAUAGUCCUGAUAUUGUUAAAACACCAAAGAGCAGUCCGCAUGGAACUACUGUUGGGAGGCUCAGUGAGGAGAGAAGUGAGAGGAGGAGUAUUUCACCUUAUGCCAAGGUUGGAAGUAAAAUCAGCCUCCCAAAAUUAUCGCCAAAUGCUGCUGGGGGUGGAAAAGUUGGGAAGAGGAAGAGACAAGAGAGCGAAAGCUCAGUCGCAUCGGGAACUAAUAGUGAAGAUCCACAGGCCAGACCUGGCAAAAGAAAAUGCUCGGAAAAUGCUGAGGUGUUGAUCAAGGCUUGCAUGGGGGUCGAGGAGGGGGGGCAUGUGAGAAAAGUCGGUGGCAAAGAGGAGAAGAAGGGCUUCAACAUAUUGAGUAAAGCGAAAAAAGGUCCCAUUUUGGUGGAUGUUGAGUCGUCAGACGAUGAGCCUCUUAUAGAGAUCGCUGUUAAGGGGAGAAUCAGGGGAACUGAGGAAGCGUCGUCACCCAAACUCAAAGAAACUAAAACAACUUUGAGUUCUUCAGUCAGUGGAAGCCAAUUAAACUCAACGAAUGUAUCAAAUUUCAACACAAGCAGUAGAGUACAGAGGGAGAGUCGUUUAUUAACGACUAAACAACCUGGUAAUAUUAAUUCAACGAUAGUGGGUAAAGAGAGAUUACGGGGUACAUCAGUGUCGAGUAACGAAUCAGUUGGUGAAGUUACAACGCGAAGAUCUGUAAGACAGAGUGCAGUAUCACCACUCGCUACACCCGCGAGUAAUACAAGAGGUGCAUCCAGGUCAAUGGAAGACGUUAACAGGAGAAAAACACGAAGUGGUGCUGAUACAUCGUACAGUGGGAACGUUGUUUUAGUGACAGCCGAGACAGCUGAACAGGCGAAACGUAGGCGAAUAUCCCGUGAAAACAAAUGACCUUCGGGAAGCGACCUUGACAGUGAUUAGCUACCGUCUCUGGUCAAGGCCUUAAUGUUUGAUUAUUUGUCAAAACUCAACGUUUAUUCGAUUGCCGUGUGGCUGGACCCCACCUGGUGAAUCUGUACGUGUCAAAACUUAAUGAAAAUCUUGAAAAAAUCAAUGGAAGGAAUGAAAACAAAAAUACAUUCAAAAGAAUAGCGCACAAGUAAUCCUUUCUCGGUUGAUCAUCGAGGCUUUAUCGAGAAUCAGACGUCAAUAUUGAUAAUUAUUUUGUAAUUUCUCAUUUUUAUUUUCUUCAUCUUGUGUAAAAUACUGAGGCAUCAAAUGCUUGACUGUGACUGUUGUAGUCAUUGAUUUAUCAUUUUUGUAGAAAGUACAUUUAUCAGCAUUGACCUCGAUCUCUUCAAAUCCUCCAAUGGCGACCUUUAGUUGCUUAGAUCAGUACUAGAGUAAAUUAUUCUUAUUACUAUUAUUAAUGAUACUAUUAUUAUGAUUUAUUGAUUACAAUUAUUGAUGAUGAUUCAUUAUUAAGAAUCAUUUCAGAGAAAUUAUAAGAAGAAUCAUUUCCGAAUUGAUUUGCUGAUUAUUGUCAGUGUGUUCGUAGAGUUUGGUUUUAGUAGGAAAUGUUCAUUCAAUUUUCAAUUAAAAAACAUUAACAUUUUCUUGUAAAAUCACUCGUUCACAGUACAUUUGUCAAAUAAGAGGUAAAGAAACUUUGAGGUUAUCUCGUGUUCUUGGUCAUUUCACGAUCGACUAGCUGAAAUAAAUUCUUUCUUUUACCAUAGUCUAUGUAUAUAAAAAUAUGCUGUUUAUCACAGUAGUGCAAUUGUCUGACGGAAUCCUUUUCUCAUACCAAUUAAUUUUUUUUUCCUAUGUUUAUUUCUUUCUUUAGUAAGUUUGUACAUGUUAUAUUAGGGCUCAACAAUAUUUACCUUUCUUUUUCAAUUCUUGGGAGAUUUAGAAAAAGCAUGUUUAUAACAAAACAAACAUAUGAAAACGUGGCAAUAAAAUUACAACAAAAAAAUUAUUGUAAUUUAAUGAAGAAAAUAAAUGGAAUAUUGACGAUAAAUGCCUCAAUCGAAGGACCUUGAAAAUUAGAUAUUAAUCAACUCAGGUAUGUUUUACCGUGAGAUAAAUUUUUCUAAGGAAAUUGUAAUCAUUACAUGGUGGACUGGUAAAAGAAAGUGAGGAAAUUUAUUAUGGAGUUCUAUGGAUCACUAUUUAAUCUGACUGUACUGCCGUUAAUAUCAAAUUAUGGUAUCCUCUUGACAAUUUUUCUUUUGGAGAUUUUGGGAAUCAGGAAGGAAUUAAUCUACUGGAAGAUUUUGUCUUUACACUUUUCCAUGAGUUUGAUUCCAGUGUGAGGGAUUUGAGGGAGAAACGGAAGAAACUAUUUUUGUGGGGAAGGGGAGGAGUUUCACGAGGAAAAAAAACACAUCGUAGAGAUAUUAGCGUUAUUAACUGAAGAAUUUAGGUAUUUUAUUUUUUGACGUCGAAAGAUGUCGAAAAGUAUUUCUUUGCGAAGUUGAAAAUUCCUUUUCUGAUAUUUUUUCUUGAAUUGUUCAUUCUUAAGAUAUUUAUGUAAUUAAAUUUUUGAUUAUUAUGUGAAUAAUUUGAUGUUGAAUUGCUGGAGGAAGAAAUGCCAAUAAUUUUUUUUGUAAUAUGGAAAAAAUGAUGAUUAUUAUAGCAUUUUAUGGUUUUUGUCAGUACCUAAAAUUCAUGAACUGUUAAAUAAAUUGUUCAAUAAUAACAAAGACUAUUCACAAACGAGCUUGAAACUGAAUAUUUUUCUCCCUCAAAUAAUCUUAAGGCUCACGUGUACAAACACAAUCUUUCGGUAACAAUGAAAUUUCAAAUGAAGAAUCGAUUUUUCGAUACUUGUGUCAGAGGCUCUGUGGUAUGUUUAAACAAUAAAAAAAACUUUAUUCUUACUUACAAAAAUUGAGAACAUGAAUGAAAAAAAAAACUCAUAAAUAAACAAAGAAAAAAUGAAAAAAGUAAUUUAAUAUUCACAAAACCCCUGAGAAAUUAAACAAAAAAGCUAAAUUUAAAUAAAAUGAAUGAAUACAAUGUUAAUUUGAUAGGUAAUAUAUGGAUGAAUAUAUUUUGUAAAUAAUUUCUUGUAAAGAUUGAAUAAGCACCCAGUGUACAUAUAAAUCCCCAAAAUUCUUUAAAUUUUUAUAAAUGAUGAGAUACAACACUAGAUACUACCACAAAAAAAUUUGUCACGGCUCAGUUGUGCAAUUAUAAACUUUUUUCUUUUUCCAAUAAAUAAACAUAUCUGUAUUGAAGUGGUAAAACCCUUAAUAUUUCUCAAUUAUCCAGUUAAAUCGAGAAUGACAGAUUGAGGAAAAAAUAAUUUGAGCAAUUUUAUCCCUCACAAAAGAAAUCUCGUGACAUUUUCCCUGGUUAUUCAUACAAUUAGAAUUAUAUAAAGAAUAUAUGAUUCAAUAGAAUUGAGUAAAAAAAUAUCGCCUAACUUGUUUUUGUUACUGAUUUCCGGCCCUCCAAGAGAGAACCCUUGGCAUUCUCCUCUAAAAUCAGUCAUUAUCGACGUAAGCAAAGAAAUGCCAAUCGAAAAUAUUGAAUUUCGCCACUUCAAUACAUUUAAAAAAUAGUUUAUCUUCCACACUGGCACAUUAAACUCUUCAAUUCCGUACGAAUACAUAACAAUUUUCCUCGACAACAAAAUGAAAAAUAUGAAAGAAAUGAAUAGCUGUAUGUAAUCAUAAUUACUGAAUUAAUAAUAAGUAGAGAAAAGCAAAAAUACUGUGUCGAUUGUCUAUAUUGUUCAUUGCACGAUCAGAGAAUCUAGUUUUAUAUUGUGUAAAUGUACAUUAUUCAUACUACAAUUUAAGAGUUGACGAAACGUUUUUAUCGAGAAAAUGAAUUAAAUAAUUGAUAUAAAAUCAUUCGUAUCCGUCAAUCAUUUAAAUAAUUACAUAACAUUUGUUUUAUCUCAAACGUUAUAAAUAUAAUUUCACAGUAACAAUGUACAAGUGAAAUUUAAUCAAGUCAUGAGAAUAUAUACAAAAUAAUUAUUAAUUAUGGAUUACAAUCAUGCAAAUUGUAUAGAGCAUCAAUAUAUAAUUUCGUAUUAAUUUUCAUUAAAUUCAUGAGAACAUACAAACAAUGAAUUCAUUACGACUAAUGGAAACCCCUUGAUUUAUUUCCCCUAUUAUUAUAGUGUCUAUACCUCUAAUGAGUAUAAAUUAUUGUGGCAAAUGAGGAAAAAAAUAAAGUACAGAUUUUUUUGCUUGUUUUUUAUUUUUAAGUCGAUGGUUAUUAAUUCUGAAAUCAUUAAUUAAUUAAUUCAAUUAUAUUGUAUAUAAUGAACAUCAUUUUACUCAGUUAUUGAAUAGAAUGAAUGAAUGAUUGAGGUUGUAAAUAAAAUUCUAUUCACAGCAAAAAGGAAAAUGAAGAAGUGAACAAAUUCUUCAAUUUUUCCUUUCAUUUGGUUUUCAUUUUCUUUCCAAAUUACACUUAAGUGAAAUGAAAAUUUAGUGAUAAAGAUGAUGAUAAUGGUAAAUAAAGAUGCAUUGUAAUUUUUCUAUGUAAAAAAUUCCGUUUGACAUUAGUUAGCUAGGCUAGACGAUAAAUUACAUAGUUAAGAGAAAAACAAAAAUGAUUGUAUAGAAAAUCGUAAAGUUAAUAUUACAUAUGUAAAUACAUUAAUUACUUAAAGUAAGUGCGGAAAUUAUGAUAAGUAUGCUCACAUUAUUAAGGGGCUAUGAGUAUUUUCCUCAUUUUUUGUUAAAUUCCUCGACAACUAACAAAAAUAAAUCGUCAAACAUAAAGAAAAUAUGAUCAAAAGGCAGUAAAAUCAUGAGAAUUAAUCGAUUGAUUGUGGAAAUUAUUAAUUAAUCUCAAUUGAUUAAUUCAUCACUUGGAUAAUUAAUUUAUUGAUUUUAUCGUUUGUCGUUUUAUUUUUUAAAAAAUGUAUAUAGAGAGAACAAAAGUUGAUUAAUUUUUCAUAAUUAAUUAAUCCAUAACAAACAUCCACAAUUAAAUUGUAAAUCGUUGUCUUUCGUGUGUGAAUUUAAUUGUUAAUAAUGUCGAGUAAGGAAAGAAAUAAUUAAAGAAAUAAUAAAUAUUUAGAUGAAACCGAUUUCACCGCUAUUUCGGUAACAGUGCAUUUUUGUGUAUUCUCUUAUAAAUAUGUGUAGAAUAAAAGCAAAGAAGUAGAUGGAUAUACUUUGAGUGCAUGAAUAAAGGAUUUAAAAUUAUGAAGAAAAAAAAUUUAACAAAAAUAAAGCUGAUUGAAAGUGUCUUACAAAGCCCUAUCUUUCUAUAAAUAAUUAAAAGUCAUCGAAUUUCAUUUUGAAGUGAUAACAAUUUUGACUAUCUAUUUCAUUUCGAGUGCAAGUAAUCCCAUGGAAAUAAUUCCCCCAAUAUUUUUUCUCACAUUCAUUGAUUAUCAAGAUGAUAACGUACCUUCUCAGAAACCAUUGACGAAUAAAUUUUUGAGUCAGUUGUCGAUUCUGCGAUUUCCUGAGAAAUUAAAAGUUAUGGGAGAAACAUACGGACCUCGAAAUGGUUCAUUUACUUGUGCAGAUAUCUGGACAAAUAACAAUUAAAGAGAAGAAUGCCAUAAAACCUUUUUUGUAGCUAAACAAAUUCUUCAUAAAAAAAUGGUUACUGACAUUCUCUCAAAAGUCUCCUAGUUUUACAGAUAACUGCAGUAAUAGAUACAGACUUCUUAUCACUCCAAAGCAGAAUUUCCUUCUGACCUCAUUUAUUCAUGCGCAACAAUGUUUUCAGCCCCUUUAUUAUGUAGGCACACAUAUAUGACAAUUAUAUUUAAAAUUAUGCAAUUGUUUUAUAUGUGAAUAAAGAAAUUUAUAUGUGGGUAAAUGAGUUUCGGAAUUACCAUAAAUCGAAAGAAAAUUUUUCGAUAAUUUUGAGACUUUGCAAAACGUUUGUAUUUUUAGAAUUUGAUGAUUAAUAUUAAUACAAAUAAUGACGUAAUGAUAAAUGAAUUAUGAAGAUUCCGAUAAAUCGAUAAAACUGAAUAAAGUGUGGUUAACUUGGCUGACGAGGAGUUGACGGAUAAAGUAGAUGACGUACUAUAUUUGUAGAUGCAAAAUCAAGUACGUGGAUUAAUGGAGGAACAACACAAAAUAUUGCUCUAUAGUUAUGAAAAUAAUUAAUAAAUUGAAGAAUAUAUAUGUAUAUACAUAAGAUAAAUGUAUACAUAAAUUACCGAUUAUAUUCCUACGAUUAUUUCACAAGAGCGAAUGCACGAUAUAGUUAUUUGCUAAUUGUACCUUUUAAUAAUUACUGUAGAGACCGUCAAUGAAGAAUCAUUUUUUUUUCUUUCUUGUUAUGAAUUAAUUACCAUAGACUUAUCGGAAAAUAAAAAAAUGUGUUAUUAAAAAAAUAUGGAAAAAAAGAAAACGAAAAAAAUUUAA